CAAACAGAAGAGCGUGAAAUGACAGCGAGCAAAAGGUGGAACCAUUACUCCACAGCGCAGGUGCGACGUAGUAUAGCAUUUUCCAUUGGCGCCGCUGUCACUUUGGCAGACAGAUUGUUUUGAAGCCAUUUGCCGCUCGCAGCAUCGUGAAGAAGCAAGUUCCAAGAAAGUUUAGCGAAAGAUCAGCGUGAAGCCAGCGUGAAGCCAGCGUGAAGCCAGCGUAAGCAAUCGUAAGCAAUCGUACUGAAUCAUGUCUAUUGGUGUGCCAAUCAAAGUUUUGCACGAGGCUGAAGGCCACAUAGUUACGUGCGAAACCAUUACGGGCGAAGUGUACCGCGGGAAGCUGAUUGAAGCCGAAGACAACAUGAACUGCCAGAUGACACAGGUUACCGUAACCUAUCGCGAUGGCCGGGUGGCUAAUCUGGAGAAUGUGUACAUCCGAGGCUCGAAGAUACGUUUCCUCAUACUUCCGGACAUGCUGAAGAAUGCGCCAAUGUUUAAAAAGCAAGGUGCCAAAACGGGCACUGCCGGCCGGGGCAAGUCGGCGAUCCUUCGAGCGCAAGCGGCCCGUGGGAGAGGGCGUGGAGCGGGCGGAGGAGGGGGCGGAGGCCGUGGCGGCAACAAAGGAGGCUGGCAGGGCCAAGGACAACAAUCUUCUGGCCGUGGACGUGGUGGACUAUAGAAGCUAUCUUGAUCGCGUAAUUUUAAGUGCGAAAUCUGUAUUUUAAGGAUACGUGCAGGAUGUUUCUCAGGUCUGGCUUCUUGUUUGGAACCAGCUGUCCAUACACUACGUUUAUGGAAAAUUCAGCGAACCGUAGGCCGAAGUGUAGUAUCCAGAUCAAACGAAGAGCAAAACAUGUAUAAAAAUACACAACCAACAAGAAACAUAGAAAUAAUAACCACAUCCGCAUCAAAAGAACAUUCUCCUCUCUAAUGUAUUCACAUGCUAUCUUACAACUGCGGUUGUAGGUAACUUCUAACAUCUUUCUACAAUACAAAAAUCAAUUAUAAUAAUGAAAAAUCAUGAGUGGAAUAAAAAUGGAUU